AUGUCCACCUCUGUCCGCCUGUCCCUCAGCCUGUCCCUGUCUCUGUCCUCGUCCCUCUGCAGCAGCAUGAAGGACCUUCAGACUCGGUGGUUCCUGCUCUGGGUUCUGGGUUCUGCGUUCUGUUGGCACGACCUGGACAACAGCGAGUACGACUGUUGGCCCCUGGAGCGACCCAACGACUCCAACAUGAUCGACUGUGGAGGUCUGGAGAUGGCCUGGCUGCUUCGCCCUCCGGAGCUGGUGAAGACCGGCGAGGUGUUCACCGUCAUCUACUCCGUGACGGCCCGGGACUCCUUCUACCACUGGGCUGUCCAGAACCGCGUCUUCUCACAAAGCUCCAUAACAGACGCAGCCUCAGCUCGGAGGUUCUGUGAACACCACGAAUGUCCGGCCAGCUGGAAAGAUGCUAACGGAGAGAACUGCUGCAUCCACCACGCUAACAUCCACUCCUGCCCUCUGGGAUACAUGACGACGGAGAGCAUCUGUGGACCGUGGAUCCCCGACGAUGGAAAAAUCUUCACCCACACCAUCUCCACCUCGGGCAGGAUGACCCAAACCAACUGGACUGCAAAGGUGGUUCUGUUCCAUCCGGGCCUAAACUCACUUAUUGCUCACAUACGAGUUGGCACCAUGCAGGCGGCACUGGAGGCAAAAAGCACGGUUCUGCCUGCUGUAGUUUGUGGUAAUAAAAUCUGUGAGGAGGGCGAGUUUUGUUCCACGUGUCCGGCCGACUGUGGCGAAUGUCCCAUGACUCCUACAACCAAGGUGGCCAUUGGCUUGCCACUCAGCCUGCUCUGUCUUUCCUCCAUACUGACUGCAGUGUGGUUGAGGUACCAGAAAGAGAAGCUGCUGUGGGACGAAAGCUGGAUCAUUGACUUCUCAAAGAUCAAACAAGAUCAGGAAGCUCAUUUGACCAUGGGCAGUAUAAUAAGUGUGCCGGUUGGACACAGCCACAGCAACGCCAGCUGUGUAACCGCGCUCAGCUCCUGUACGGGCCAACCAGGGACGCGGAAGGGCCCGUUUACCUGCACUGGGAUUUAUGAUGGGAGGACUGUGGCCAUCAAAAAGAUCCAAACAAAGACCUUCUCUCUGUCCAAAACCAUCAGACAGGAAGUCAAACAAGUCAGGGAGCUCGAUCAUCCAAACCUUUGCAAGUUUAUUGGUGGUUGUACUGAGGUGCCAAACGUUGCCAUUAUAACAGAGUACUGCCCCAAAGGAAGCCUUAACGACGUCCUUCUUAAUGAUGAGAUCCCUCUCAACUGGGGCUUCAGGUUUUCCUUUGCCACCGACAUCGCCAGAGGGAUGUCGUACCUCCAUCAACACAAGAUCUGUCACGGUCGGCUGAAGUCUCCAAACUGUGUGUUAGACGACCGCUGGGUCUGCAAAAUCACAGACUAUGGGCUGAGGACAUAUCGCAGGGACGAUGGGACGGAGCCUCUGUCCUCCUAUCAGCGGAGGCUCAUCGAGGUGUACAUGCCACCUGAGUUUCAGAGCUCCAACGUGGAGCCGACACUGGCUGGAGACGUGUUCUGUUAUUCAAUCAUCCUCCUGGAGAUAGCCACUCGCAACGACCCGGUUCCCGCAGAAGAGUCUAACCUGGAGUGUGCGUGGUGUCCUCCUCUACCUGAGCUGAUCUCCAGUAAAGCCGACAACACCUGCCCCUGUCCCGCUGACUACGCUGAGCUGAUUCGUCGAUGUCGCUCUCAUAACCCCGCCCACCGACCCACCUUUGACCAGGUCAAGAAGUUUGUUCAUCGCAUCAACCCUGUCAAAGGCAGCCCGGUGGACAUGAUGAUGAACCUGAUGGAGAAGUACAGCAAACAUCUGGAGGUUCUGGUGGCCGAGAGGACUCAGGAUCUGAUGCUGGAGAAACAGAAGACGGACCGCCUGCUGUACAGUAUGCUUCCGAGACAGGUAGCUGAUGAUCUUCGUCAGGGGAAACCGUCCCAGGCUCAGAGCUACGUCAGCGCCACCGUCUUCUUCAGUGACAUCGUGGGUUUCACUCAGCUGUCCAGCAGCAGCACGCCCUACCAGGUGGUGGACUUCCUCAACAAGCUGUACACGACGUUCGAUGACAUCAUCGACAACCACGACGUCUACAAGGUGGAAACCAUCGGAGAUGCCUACAUGGUGGUUUCAGGAGUUCCCCUGGAGAACGGGAUCCUCCACGCCUCAGAGAUCGCCAGCAUGGCUCUGGACCUGGUCGGGGUCUGUCGGACCUUCAGGAUCCCCCACAAACCCAACACGCAGCUGCAGAUACGAGCUGGGAUCCACUCCGGUCCGGUUGUAGCCGGGGUCGUCGGGACGAAGAUGCCCCGGUACUGUCUGUUUGGAGACACGGUCAACACGGCAUCCAGGAUGGAGUCCAACAGCCUGGGUAUCUACAAAUCUACAUGA